GGUAUCAUUGGGGGAAGAAUACAUUGCUUCAAAUACAGCGUCGUUCCCGGGCCCUGUCUUCUUGCUGAUUCCCCCAUUUUACACAUUCACGAGAGCAGAGCGAAGCAAACAUGAAGGCAUCAUUACAGCUGCUCGCAGCGUCCGCUGCUGUGACGACAGCGCGGACCAUGAACCCCAACAUCACGACAAGUCCUAUCAAUAUCCCAUUGAAGCAUUGGCCGGAACCACAAGCCAGCCAACUCCGCAAGAUGAUCGCAGGCAAUGCCAACAGCAGCAACUACGCCUGUUUCGACAUGGACAACACCUCAUACCGAUUCGAUCUCGAAGAAUCCCUCCUCCCAUUCCUCGAGAAUCGCGGUAUCCUGACCCGCGAUACCAUGGACCAAACCCUCAAACUCGUCCCCUUCGCAGACAACACCGCAUCAAACUACACAGAAUCGCUCUACAGCUACUACCUCCGCCUCUGCGAAAUCGACGACAUGAUCUGCUACCCCUGGGCAGCCCAAAUCUUCUCCGGCUUCACCCUCCGCCAACUCAAAACCUGGGUCGACGAACUCCUAGCCCUCAACACCACAAUCCCAGUCCAAUACCUCUCCACCUCCUCCAACGGCACCACAACCCUCGAAUCCUCCUCAGUCAACCCCCCAAAACUUUUCCGCGCCCAAGUCGAACUCUACAACACCCUCCAAACCAACGGCAUCGAAGUCUACGUCCUAACCGCCGCCCACGAAGAACUCGUCCGCAUGGUCGCUUCGGACCCUAAAUACGGCUAUAACGUCCCACCGCAAAACGUCAUCGGAGUCACAACUCUCCUCCGCAAUACGACUUCUGGCGAAGUCACAACCGCUCGGAAACAAAUCGAAGCUGGAACAUACGACCCCGAAGCGAACCUCGAUCUCGUUAUUACACCUUACCUCUGGACACCCGCGACCUGGUUCGCAGGGAAAUGGGCCGCAAUCUUAACCUACAUUGACGAGUGGAAACGACCUAUUCUCGUGGGUGGUGAUACGCCAGGCAGUGAUGGGUAUAUGCAAUUUCAUGGCGUGGAUGUUGCGAAGGGGGGAGUGCAUUUGUGGGUUAAUAAGAGUAAGAGUAAUUUUGAGGAGUUGCAGGGGAUGAUUACGAAUAACACGGAAGCGCAAAUCAGGAAUGGGAGGGUGGUGGAGGCGGAUAAGAAUUGGGUUUAUGUUUUGCCUGAGGAGAUUUUGUGAGUGCGGUGUUGUGUUUGCAUGAGUGUGAUGGGAUGGGUAUGUGUAUGAGGGGUUUUGGAUGUGUGGAGUGCACUGAUGAUGGAAUGGGAAUGCCUCCUGGAAUCGAUGAUGAUGGUAUAGAUUGCCAACAGAAAAAAAAGUGCAAUUUGU